AUUUGCCCGGACCUGGAUCAUUGCAGGGGAGGAGGAGAUGUGGCGGAUUGUCAAAACAAUUGAAGAAAAACGAAACCAACUACCCAAAAGAGCUGCACUGUGCGCAGUUUUUAGUCAAUAAUAAUUAAGUAAAGCUAUCCUACGGUCAAUAAACUCUACUUCUACAAUGCCGGCCUACCAUUCACAGAUAAAGGAUUACUCGCAGUCCGUGGGCAAUAUGGCCAUUCUGCCGAUCCGGACGCAGGCCCGCGGGCCCGCUCCGGUAAAUGCCAGCCUCGAGCAGGACAUCAUCGACGAAACGCUGUACUACUUCAAGGCGAACGUGUUCUUCCGCACGUACGAGAUCAAGUCGGAGGUGGACCGGGUGCUGAUCUACAUCACGCUCUACGUGACGGAGUGUCUGAAGAAGCUGCAGCGCUGUGCAAACAAAAACCAGGGCCUGCAGGAAAUGUACACGCUGGCCAUUUCGCGCUUCGACAUUCCGGGCGAGGCGGGCUUUCCGCUGAACGCCGUGUACGCCCGGCCAAACUCACCGGCCGAGGCGGAACUGAUGCGACAGUAUUUGCAGCAGCUGCGCCAGGAGGUUGGCAUUCGCGUGUGCGAGCGCGUCUUUUCCGGCGAGGACGGAAAGCCGAACAAAUGGUGGCUCUGCUUCGCCAAGAAGAAGUUCAUGGACAAGUCGCUCUCGGGACCGGGCCAGUGAGCCCGGGGAGAGGUCCCUUUUAAUUAUGUUUAUGCAUUCGUGUCCCAACUGCUUUUCCGUUUUUACAUAGAAUAAAUUUCGCGUAAGUUCUCUACA